AUGUCGACGAACUGUGCCGGCAAUGGGGAGCGGGAGUCCGAGUCUCGGUACCAUCAGAAACAACAUCUGUGUGCUGCAGGAUUGAUGGAACGUCGUCUGAUCAGACUUCCUCUCCUCACAAAAAAGGCAUAUCCCAAGAACCCUAAAGUUGACACCAGUGAUAUGCAAGUACAAGUUGGAGACAGCUCUGUUAAAUCAGCUGUUUCUGUGAAGAACCUUGGUGUUCACUUCGACCACAAACUGACAAUGGAGAGACAAGUCAAUGCCAUCGCCAAGUCAUGCUACUUCCAGAUCAAGAAUAUUUCAGCCAUACGCAGAUACAUCACAGGAGACUGUUGUAAGACUCUAGUACAUGCUUUAGUAACAUCUAGACUGGAUUAUGGAAAUGGUCUUCUCUGUGGACUACCUGAAACUCUCACCAGUCGUCUACAGAAGGUGCAGAACUGUGCGGCUAGACUCAUUACCAAAACUGGCCGACGUGAGGAGAUUACGCCUGUGAGAGAGAAGCUACACUGGCUUCCAGUCAGACAGAGAUGCCAGUAUAAGAUCUUGAUGUAUGCUUAUAAAUGUAUCCACGGUUUGGCCCCAUACUAUCUUCAGGAACUUGUUGUGCCAUAUCAUCCAGCCAGGUCCUCUCAGAUAAGAAUAUGA